AUGUUUGGAGAUGAUUCGUUAGUGUUAGGAGACUUCCAAGUUGUAAUAAAAAAAGAUAACGACGAUAAUGAUGGAGAUAACUCACCCGCUACCUCUAAUCAAGCAACUCCAUCUUCUCAACCGAUAACUAAUUCAAACGAAAAAACCGAUAAUUCAGUAAACCCAGGCAAUUCUCCGAAGCCAAAUCCAGAAAAAGAUAGUCUGUCCGAAGAAAAAAAUAGUAAAGGAGACAACGCACCUAAAUCUACCGAAAAUUCGCCUAUCAAAACUGAUAAUCAAACCCCAAUAUCUCAAUAUCUCAGGGACAUUAAGCAAGUAACUUUAACUUCAGAUGGCAAUUUAAUUAUUGAAUUUAAUAACUCAGCAAGUAACCAUUCAACAGAGUGUGCUGGUCAUCCGUGGGGAGAGAAGACUCAAUACCGCCUCUAUGGAGAAGGGAAAAAUUUCUUCAAGAGGUUGAUUGGUAAGCCAACCAUCUAUUCUGCUCUUGCUUCUCUUGAGCCUCACGAAGUAAGGGAUAAGGACAUUGAGUUUAGUGGUCUUACCAACAAAAACAAGGUAAAAAAAAUUCACACUACUCAGCCUCUGAGUAGUAGGAUUGACCUGUUCGAGGAGGAAAAGUCGCUUAGAAAAGGGGAGGCUGGCAUUCCGGGUACUAGGUUUAAGGAUGUUGGAGGGCUACAAGAGGCCAAGGAAGAAUUAGGAGAGGUAGUUUCCUAUUUUCAUAAUCCGCAGUCCUUUUGGCAACGAGGAGCCAAGGUUCCAAAGGGGGUGCUAUUAGUCGGUCCGCCUGGCAAUGGCAAAACUUUAUUGGCUAAGGCUUUAGCGGGGGAAUGUCGUCUGCCUUUUCUCUUUCGUUCUGGUUCUGAAUUUGAAGAAAUGAUGGUGGGAGUGGGUGCCCGUCGCAUGCGGGAACUUUUUAAGCAGGCUCGUAGUUAUCCCCAAGGCUGUAUUGUUUUUAUUGAUGAAAUUGAUUCAAUUGGUCGUAAAAGAUAUUCCCGGAAUACUGGUCACGCCGAACAAACUUUGAACCAAUUAUUAAACGAAUUGGAUGGCUUUCAUCCCCGUGAUAACGUUGUUAUUUUGGCGGCCACUAACUCUUUAAAAGUCUUAGAUAGUGCUCUUUUAAGACCCGGUCGGUUUGACCGUCAAAUUUACAUACCUCUUCCUAAUUUAAAAGGACGGCGAGAGAUUAUUAGGAUUUGUACUCGCAAACUCUCACUUAAAUCGGACGUUGAUUUAGAAGAAAUCGUGGCCAUGACCAAAGGCCUAAGUGGAGCACAAAUCACUAAUAUGUUUAAUGAGGCUUCUAUUUUGAGCAUCCGUCAUGGAGAAAAAUUUAUUGACUAUGAAAUGAUUUUUGAGGCUUAUGAUCGGGCUGGUCAUGCGGUUAUUGGUAUGAGUUUGCCCGAAACGAUUGUCAAAAAAAUUACGAUUGUUCCACGUUUGCAUGCGGGAGGUGGGCGAGCCAGUGAAGAGUUAAUUUUUGGCCUAGAUUAUAUUACAGGAGGGGCCUAUGACGACUUCAAAAAGGCUUCGGGAAUUGUUCGUGAUUUAAUUUUACAUUAUGGAAUGUCCGACUUAGGGAUUAUUCCCACCCAAGAAUCUUUUUUUUAUGGAGAAGAAAUGUUAACUGCCGAAUUACCCGAAACCGCUAAACAAAAAAUUGAAAAUGAACGAGAAAAAAUAAUGAACCAAUGUUGA